GGGAGGAGCAUCGUGAGGAGGCGUGGUGUUUGCCGGCGUUGCGUCGUCUUCGUUGCGAACAGUCUGGAAGGGCGUAUCGACUUUGCCGGUGUAAUUCAUAUCAAAGCAGAGUGUUACAGUUGCUUAUAACGUCUGUUCGGGGAGUUUAUACGCAUUAAAACAUGAUCAGGAACGGAAGCCAUUCGGUUGAGGAGGAGGUGAAAGGAGAGCCGAUCUCCUCCAGCCACAGCCCGGAGAAGAGGAAGCGGGUGAUCAGGGUAUGGUGUGACGGCUGCUAUGACAUGGUGCACUACGGUCACUCUAACCAAUUACGACAGGCCAAAGCAAUGGGAGAUUACCUUGUAGUAGGAGUACAUACAGACGAGGAAAUAGCCAAGCACAAAGGUCCUCCGGUCUUCACGCAGGCUGAGCGUUAUAAAAUGAUACGGGCCAUAAAGUGGGUGGAUGAGAUUGUGGAAGGGGCGCCGUACGUCACCACACUGGAGACGCUGGACAAGUACAACUGUGAUUUCUGUGUGCACGGAGAUGACAUCACAUUGACCGUGGACGGGAAGGAUACCUAUGACGAGGUGAAGAGAAUGGGCCGAUACAGGGAAUGUAAACGCACACAGGGAGUGUCUACGACAGACCUAGUGGGUCGUAUGCUCCUGUUAACAAAAGCACACCACAGUAACAUUGAUAACACAGCCUACCAGCUCCACACGGAUAACUUUGGGAAGGGUCCUAAAGGGCACAGCCCUUGGACUGGUGUCUCUCAGUUCCUGCAGACUUCUCAGAAGAUCAUCCAGUUCGCCUCAGGAAAAGAACCACAGCCGGAAGACACCAUCAUAUAUGUGGCCGGAGCUUUCGACCUUUUCCACAUUGGUCAUGUGGAUUUCCUCGAAACUGUUUACAAACAAGCAGAGAAACCUUACGUCAUUGUCGGACUGCACUUUGACCAGGAAGUGAACCGCUACAAAGGGAAGAACUACCCCAUCAUGAAUAUUCAUGAGAGAACUUUGAGUGUGCUGGCAUGCAGAUACGUGUCAGAGGUUGUGAUCGGGGCUCCGUACGCAGUAGGAAAAGAUCUUCUGGAUCACUUUAAGGUGGAUCUGGUGUGUCAUGGGAAGACAGAAGUGUUUCCCGACACAGACGGGACAGACCCUUACGAUGAAGCAAAGAAGAGAGGUAUUUUCCGCGUCCUAGACAGCGGCAGUGAUCUGACCACCGACGACAUCGUGCAGAGAAUCAUUGAGAACAGAUUGCAGUUUGAGGCCAGGAACCAGAAGAAGGAAGCUAAAGAGAUGGCUGUGUUCGAGGCUUUGAAGCAUAAAGAUGAUUCACUGAAGACCGAGGCGGCUCUCGUGAAGAAUUAACCGAGCUAUCCAAAUCAAACAAAUCAAGGGCUUCGACGUAGAACUAAAAUUACCCCCCGGACUGUUAUAAAACACGUGGAGGAACACGGACUUGUUUUUAUAUGUUGUACGACUCUUGUUUGAUGACAAAAACACUUUGUUGUGCACAGAGAGUUUUAAUGGUACCUGUUAAACGGGUUGAGAACUUUCUCUCUGAAUGGGAGGAGCACAGAGGAACGUUCAGCAAAUACGUUUGCAUCAUUUUAUGGGAAGAUUGUGUCAUUUUUUUAAAUUGGUGAUCCAUCCGCACAUACGGUAUCUGUAGAUGAGCAGAGAAAUGCUUAGUGAAGGAACAUUUCAUGUUGACUUCGUUAGUAUGCAAAUUAGCGGUUAGUAUGUGUAAGCUUAAUUGUUUUUUAUUUUAAUUUUGUGUUUUAUAUGUGAGUGAAUCUCUUGGAAACAUAUCCAGGUCACAUUUACCCCAAAAUCAAAAGAAAAAAACAAAACAAAAGAAAUUAUAUUUUGCAUUAAAAAAAGAACAAAGCCUGAUUUAGGAUUAUUAAAUGUUUUUGCAUUGUGACAUUAUUUUUAUAAUUUAAAUUAAUUUCCAUCCAUAUUUUAAUUACCAUAAUGCAUCUGAACGUUUUUUUAUUUUAUUUUAAUUUGUUUGCACAUUAUUUGCAGUAUUGAUUCUUACUAGAUUAUCAUUAUAUAAAAACAAAAUACUGUAAUACAAUUAUCUUUUUUUUUUUUAUGUAGAUAAGUAUAAAUUAAGGGUUUACUACCAUAUAUAAAUACUUUUAUAUAUUUUAUAUAAUUAAUAUUCUUCAGUUAUGGUAAUGAGAUUUUGGCAAAUGGGCUAAUGGAAAAAUUUUUAUCAAAAUAAUCUCCAGCAAAAAAACUUAAUUGUCCUAAUAUGUAUGUGUGUGUGUAAAUAUGUGUAUAUAUAGGUAAAAUGUGAUCUGGGCAUGUUUUGACAGGUUUUACCAUGGUAUCUUUUAUUCUAGUGGUGCUGUUGUAGUUUUACCCAUCUCAUAACUGGAAGUUUGAUAGGUGUGUUGUGAAAAAAAGUUCAGAACUCAAGUUUUGUCAAAUAUCAUUUCAUACACUGUCCACAGUCACAUACUUGCCAUUUUUACUGUCUCUUUUACUCCGACCUCAGGUGAUUGUUAGAUGUCAGGAUGCUGUGAUAUUCAAAAUUCACUGCUGGUUUAACGUCACACUUUAAUUCAUUUUAAUGUGCAACAUAAAUAUUCUUCAUCUUUUUUAUGCAGUUUUGUCACCUGUUUCUGUUUUGAAUGCGUUUCAAAGCACCCUGUUUUUAACAUUUCCUCUACAUUUAUAGUGAAUUGCUGUGAAAAACACUAAUUUAAAGUCUCUACAUUACAGAUGUGAGCAGAAAUGUUGAGUGACCAAUUCUGUAUGUAACGUUAGAUGCUGAUGAAUGUUGAUGGUGUGUUAUUGUAUUCAGACAGUCUUUUAAUUUAUUUGAUUUCAUCCCAUCAUAAACCGUAAAUCAUCAAAACACAAUUAAUUGCAAAGUAAAUUGCAAUUUUCACAAUAAAAAUGUAUCAAAACAACAUGUUUCAACAUA